AUGGGAAACGUUGGGAGCUCUUUGAACGAACACCCGGCUCUAUACACAAGCAAUCCCGAGCGAUUUCGAAUCACCGAGAUUAUAGUUUCCAACUCUUCCUCCGAUCCGUACAUAACGUUCCCUGUUUCCUCGAAUAAAGUAGUCGCUGUAUCCAAUACUUCAGAUCUGCUCGAGUUUGCUCAGGAUCCGGACGCCCAAGAAAUCUCUUUCAGUCAGCUGUUACCAAAGUUCGUAAAGGACAAACAUUUAAAGCUUACGUUCAAAUUCAGCAUUGGGUCCGCCGAUGGAGAUAAAAACGAAGUCAAGGGAUUGACUUUUAUAAACGUUGCAAAUGAAAAAGAAUUAGUAAGAAUAUUAACCGUCGAAUUUAAUGAUGAUCCGAAUCUACACAAGCACCCGAACGUUGCACUUGUCGGGAACUUUGAGACUGACGGUACAAAACCUACUGAGCAUGAAUGGACCUGGAAAUGGGCGGCUCCGCAAACUAUGGACGAAAUACACAAUGGCUGGCGAAAUUAUUGUUGCUUCGUUGAAUACGACGCAAAGGAGAAUGCUUUCCUGACAUUGUCCUCAUUCACUUUCUGGGUAGCAGAAACAGUACGGUUUUCUUUUCAUCGACACUCGAAAAGUUCUAGCUCCUUGGAUGGUUUAUCGCAUUUCGCUUCUUCACCGUCAUCAUCGUUGUUGAACAAUUAUAAUACUUGGUCUCCUGGCAUGACACGCAUUAUUCGCACAUCAAGUCCUGAAAAUCCGCCUCAACAGGCUUCAAAUUUAUCCAUGCUAACCGUUGGUUCGACAUCCACCUCUGUGUCAGGUAGCGGGCGUCGUACUUCCGAUGACCUCAUACGUCAGCAUGAACCCGAAGACGGCCCUCUAUUCCGGGCAACAUUAACUGCUUUCGAGAAGAAGACGGGCUCGCUUCGCCAUCAUAUCAAGCGAAUCAUGAAAACAGCGGCAAAUAAUCAUGAGGCAUUGCAGGGAAUGGCAGAGGCCGACGAUGAGUUCAUAUCUGCCUUGAAAGCUGCAGCAGCAGCACAUCCACAAGCCUUUCAGCCUAUACUCGAGAACUAUUUAGAUGAGGCUAUGAAGAUGAUCUCCACAAAUCGAGAGACAUACACCCGGACGAUACAAGUUCUGCUUAUUGAACCGUUAAGGAAGCUGUAUGAAAAUGAUAUCAAGGUUGCAGAUGCUAAGAAGAAGGCAUUUGAUGAGGAAUCCCGUGAUUAUUAUCAAUUUCUAUCAAAGUAUUUAUCAAUAAAACCAGAUAGUGCUAAAGAAAAGAAGAAACUUGAGUCAGAUUCCAAGUAUCAGAAUAAACGAAAAAACUUCGAAUUGAAACGUUUCGACUAUCAUGCUUACAUGCAAGAUCUACAUGGAGGGCGGAAAGACCAAGAGAUCCUGUAUCAUUUGACAAAUUUUGCUGAAAAACAACUGAACUUCUAUCAACAAACAACAGCAGGAUUGCUGAGUCUGAAACCAAAUCUCGACAAAUUAACUGCAGAUGUAGCUGAAACGGCAAAGGAAAUGCACUUGAUGAGGAAAGAGAGGGAAGAGAGAAGACGAGCGCUUGAACAGCGUUCCAACACCAUACCGCCUGAACCCUUGCAUGAUGGUGACAUGUCAAUUGCCAAUAAUGCUAAUGUAUUAGCUAAUGAUAGCAUUAGCGAUUCUGUUGAAAAUGGGCCUAGUCUAGCUGGAUCACCGCCAACCGGACAGAACAAAUUUAGAGGAAUUCGUGAUCUAGAACAGCAUGACGCAGAGUUAGCAUCUGCUGCUGGUAGAAGAAAAGAGGGAUUUCUUUUUGCUACGCCUCGUGCAACUCAGCACGGUGCCGUGGAUCAAUUAGCAAAGAAUACCUGGCACAAGUAUUGGUGCGUUUUGGCUGAAGGUCAACUUCGAGAAUACAGCAACUGGAAAAAACAACUUGAAACCCACAAUGAACCAAUUAACCUACGUUUUGCAACGGUGAAAGAGGCACGUGGUGCUGACCGUCGUUUCUGUUUUGAAGUCAUUACGCCACAGUAUCGACGUAUUUAUCAAGCUACCUCUGCGGAAGAUAUGGCGUCUUGGAUGGCUGUAAUUUCCAACGCAAUAGAAAGUCUCCUCAAUGGUACUAGCAGUUGUCGGGAUUUAAAUCAAAUAGUUCCUAAUGAAUCCAAUUCGCCGGAGCCAUCGAAAAAGAAGCAAAUAAAAAGAAGAGGAACUCUUUCCAGUUUGGCGGAAAAGCGAAGGUUUGAUUUGAGAAAGGGGCAGUCGUUUGGUGUUAAUAUGAAUGGGAGUUACUCAUUUAAUCUUAGUGGUCAACAAGAGGCGGAAGAUGAAACGACGAAGAGUGUUGCCGAGAUAAUAAAGAAUACGGAUCCAGCAAAUUGUAUUUGUGCGGAUUGUGGAUCGAAAAAGACUGAAUGGUGUUCUAUCAACUUGGGCGUUAUACUAUGCAUUGAAUGCUCGGGAAUACAUCGUAGUCUUGGUACCCAUGUCUCCAAAAUACGAUCUCUUACUCUUGAUACAACGUCAUAUACGCCGGAUCUCGUAGAGUUAAUUAAACGUUUGGGUAAUGCGCGGUCGAAUGAAAUCUGGGAGGCAACACUAAAAGCCCCGGAAAAGAAGUCCAGUGGAGUUCCUACUCCUCCGCCCAAGAACGACGGAGUUCAGUCACUACCCCCAAAUAACGCUAGUUCGUCCGCACCUUCCAACACAGAUUCUGAAUGGGAAGACCUUAUAAAUGCCUUUUCUAUAAGCCAAGCGAAGAAAUUGCCUCCCUUGCCUAAGCCUACUGGCACUGAUUCCAGGGCGCAGAAGCAGAAGUUUAUCGUAGCGAAAUAUGUAGAUAGAAGUUACGUUGAUUUCUCGCUUGUCGAUGAAGAUAGGACGGCAACUGAUAUGCUAUUUGAAGCAGUAAAAGAAAAUGAUAUACCUCGAGCAAUGCAGGCUAUAGCAUUGAGGGCAGAUUUUAAUACAGCUCGUCGAUUUGAAGUUGAGGAGGAUCACGGACUGAAGACUCCUCUUCUCCUAUCACUUCUCCAUAUAGAUGAUAGUCGAGCCAUUCGAAGUAAUGGUAAAUUGGUGUUUCCAAUGGCUGAAUUACUUCUUCAGAAUGGAGCAUUAGCUGAACAUGCUUUAGUAGAUGAUCUGGAGGAGGCGCUUGGCCUUGGUAAUCAGACAUCGGUACGAGCAAGCACCAAGAGUGUUGGGGAAUGGGCAGCUGAGGUGAUGGGUGAUUUGAAGAGGAGUAAGACCACAUUGGAAACAGUACAGGCGAGUGGUAAUGAUGCGGCUAUUAGAUAUCUCACUCCAAAAGUUCUAGCUCGUGGAACAUCUGCUCCUAGUAACGGGAACACUGCUCAGGUGGUUACAACGAGUACUGGCGGAGUGGUCGGGGGGACUGCAUUGGAAAAGCGAACACCUUCGAAUCUGACGAGAUCGUUGUCGAUGUCAACAUAUGACCAGCAGUUAUGCGAAACCACUGUAUCGAUAACCAAAGAGAUCCAAGGAACUCAUGUUAGUUAG